GCCUUGCAACCACACACCACUCGCUUUCAGAGGCCGACGGCCACCACAUGCGCGCCUAGACGACACUCCAAACCACUGAGCCUUCAUGCCGUCCACCAGUCGCCUCUCCUCGAUGCAUCUCCCGCGCGUGUAAUAGGCACUUGCAUGCAUGCAUGUAGGCCAGAAACAUCACAACAUGGAAGUCGAUCCUCCCACGGCACAGCUGCCGCCACCCGCGCGCCUGACCGUCAACCUCGGUCGCGCUCCUCGAAGGAACCUCUCCGUCAAGAGCCAGCGGGCACCCAAGACCGGCAUCCGCGACACAAAACGAAACCGCUCCCCGCCACGCCCGACGACAAAAGACACAUUCAAACUACCCACCACGAAAACACAUCUAUCACCAGUCACCACAAUCAAGCCCCUGCUCCCUGCUGCCGAACGGCACAAGCCGGGGCUUUCUGCCGCCAUUGGCAAGAAAGAUGGUGACGGGGAAAAGAACAGCAUCGUACCCGACGGAGGAUCUGCAGGCCGGGAGGGUCGCAAGUUCACCGUCGCCAACGUUGGGAACAAUGGCCGCAUCUUCUUGCGGCCGACUAUCCGACCAGCAAACCAGAGAUAUCCGCAGCCAAACUUUGUGUUCCCCAUGUCACCACCGCGCACGGCAGGGUUGGAACCGGCGGCCAUGUCUAAGAAUCUGAAGGAUGAGAAGAGUGCAGUCGAGGGCAGUCAGCUGACCACCUUCUCGGAGACCCCGUCGCCGGGAGUGCCUUUGCGCAAGGCAUAUUUUGAACACCGGUCAUCCGUGCGACCAAUGCAUCGACGGGCUAUGUCUGAUUCCACAAUUCAGGAAUCGAGUGUGGCUCACGAGGGCGACACUGGGGCCUUCAAGGUGAUCAUUUCGAAGCCGCAAGAAGACCUCAAGGCGAAAACUGCAGAAGAUGUCGAUAGCAACGGCUUCCUGCAGGUCUCGAUCCCUUCUUGGAAGCUGGGGACUCCACGCUUCAGUACGCGGGGCACGCCGUUCAUUCGUGGCUCUUCAUACGCUCCCACCGAAGAAUAUCGGCUCAGCAGCAAUUCCUUCUAUCGACGAACCCCGUUAGAUCGCAAUUCUCUAUAUCCUGACUCCAUAGCGCCCGGCAUGGUAUCUCCCUCGGAAUCCAACGCCCAAUUCCAAUCCUCGACCCUCUUGAGCCCCUUCUCGGCAUCAAUACAACAGCCUCGUCUGCCUGCACCAUCCCGCACAACUUUUAUCCCUUCAAGUAUAGAGAUCAGGCCAUCGAUGUUUGACGCACUCACUUUCCGGCCGUCCUGCAACGACCGCUCAAUCGUGCGAUUAUCCCCGACUAGCGGCGCAGUGACUGCAGCCACGCCAGCACGCCUGGUGGCUGAGAUAACAUCGCCUACCUUUUUGGACUACGAGCUCAUUUCAGACUUCUUCCUGUCGUUUCGUUCGUUCCUUGAGCCGUCAGUCUUGCUGCAGAUGUUGGUCGCACGUUUUCGAUGGGCAUUAGCAAGGGAGGACGAGGUUGGCACCGUGGUAAGGGUGCGCACUUUUGUUGCAAUCCGCCAUUGGCUACUCAACUACUUCAUCGACGAUUUCGUUGUAGACUACCAGCUCCGACUGUCCUUCUGUCUUUUGAUCAACAACUUUGUCGAGGAUCUUAUCGAAGAUGGCCACCUCAACCGGCCCCAGAUGAAAAUCGUCACUGAACUAAAGAAGUGCUGGAGGCGUAUUUGUGCACAGUACUGGGACGGCCCCGAAUUCGACGCUAUGCAAGAACCCGAAGCUCUUAUCACACCCGGUGGGAUCGCUGGACAUCGGGAUCCGAAACUGGACCCGACAUUUUGGGACUCGAAUGACGACGACAAGGCUCCCCAAUUGCAGGAGCUUGAGCUUUCGGAUGAAGCAAAGGGUCCCAGCACGAGCUUCUACACGGACGUUGCCAGAGCUGGGCACAUGGACUCGAUUGUUCUGGAAGGCCGAAGACCAGGUACCCCCGAGCACCGGCCAACAGAUCGUCUACAGCGCUUAGAGACAUCGCCAACGAGCGUGGCAAGCCUUGACGUCAUGUCAUGUUCUUUCCCUGCGCGGGCCAUCAAGACUGCACCAGACCAGUCUGGGGCAGCUCAUGCGCUUGGCGCACACCCUGUCGACCCGAGCUCUGUUUACACAUCGCCAGACCCGGUCGCCUCUACCCCACGGGCUCUGACUGGGAAACGAGUCCGGCCACAACAGCCUCACCGGCGCAACGUGAGCCAGAGCGACUCUCUGCACGAGCACGGAACCAGAGGAGAGAGGGUCAUGCACAAGAAUUCCGAAUUCGUUAUCGCUAUGCCAUAUGCUGGCAGCCUCGUCCGGGGAAAUCUCCUUCCUCCCGGGCAAGCCUUUGUGGACAUGGGCCCGCCAAGCACCAUUCGUGACAGCCGUCAGACUAUUUUGCAAGCGUCGUUGCAUGGUGCGCUGAAGGAGAAGCCGACAGGUUCCGCGAUGUCCAGCCAGGGAAUGCGGCGGCUCAUGGGCAGUGUUCGCAGAGUUUUGAGAGCACGAGGGUCAAACACCACUCCUGGGCCUUCCGACUUCAUUCUGCUCAACUCGAAUGGCUCUCACGGGGUCACGACAAACAGGAUUCCAGGAACGGCCGUGAUUCCUCGCUCAUACGAUCGAGUCACUGGUCUGCAACAUCCUCUACGCGUAGAUCUACUGGGUGCGACAGUAGCGGACCACUUCAAGGAGGCCGUCAAGGAGGAGAACUCGACACUUUCCCGUGACUCUCAAGGUGCGGCUCGGACUUCGCAGGGUGGGCCAGGGGCGAUGAAAUACUCUCCGGUCGCCAUGGAAGACUCUCACGGCAUGGAUUUUCGACCCUUCAGCGAUGGUGGCAUCACGACGGGCAGCAAAUCUAUCGUCAUUGUCGAUGGCACCAUGGCACUGGACUUCUCUGCCAUGGCAGGCGCUCUGCCAGGGACUGUGCCAGGCUUCAACAAUUCCGUUGAUGGUUUUACGGAUGGCCAUAUGGCUGCCAGUGAAUUAAACCUGACGCCACCAACGACACCACCGGGCAAUGGCGCAAGAGGCAAUACCCCUCGCCGGUCCUCGUUCAUUCUGAGCCAGCAUGUGCAUCAGCCCUCAUUGGACACCAAUCCGCUGCCCCCUUUCAUACCCGAUCUCGCGACUUUGGAUCAGCGGGCGGCCUCGGGUGUUUUGACAGAAGCUGGACCCCUGGCGACUGCGGCGCAGAGUCCUCAAUCGCAGCAGCCUAGGCCCGCGACUUCAAGCAACCGGCAGUCUACCAGAAAGCCGCCGUCAAGCUUCGUCAGGCAUCACAGACGGCAGAUGUCCAGUAGAAGCUAUCGCUCGAGGGGUUCCUUGGCCCAUCGACGUUUCGCAUCGAUCCAGAGUGCAAUCGGAGCUGCGUCAGUCAGAAGUUUCGAUGCCACAACCAUUUCAGGAGCCUCAAUCAUCUCUGAAGUCAUGCCGCCCCCCCUCCGAGUUCUGCGCAGGCGUCCUGGCGGCGAUCUCCGCGGGGUUGCCCAUGUUACCGACCUUGACGGGCCAGCCUUACAUAGAUCUCAUUCGGACGGGUCCCUCACGACUUAUUCUGAGUCUUGUCGCAGUCCCAGCCUGCAGCUUCAACGGCGAAACUCGAGCGGAUUCGUCGACAUUGUGAGCGGCGAUUACUCACACUACCGCAGCGAGGUGUUCUCGCUCGGAGCCAUGGCUGACCAAGGCCCCAAGAACCGCAAUACCCAUUUCAGCACGCAUUCGUCCAAGCCCAUCAUGCGUCCCUCGUUUGAGGCUGAAGCCCAGAAGCUGGCGCAGAUUCCUGACGACAUUGAUGACGAUGGUGGUGUAGAGUCAGCCCUUCUCAAACUCGAAGGCAGAUACGAGAAGAAGCCGCCACGGCUGUCAAUCGACCAUACUGCCGGCUCCUUGGCAGCUCAGCCUGAUGGGCUUGCGAAUGAGGAUGCCGACAAGGAACAGCACCGCCACCAGCAUGUUGGCGAAGAGACUGUCGGCAUGGUCGACGCGACUGGUGGGCCCACAGCACAGUCGAGUCUACUGGUUCCCGGCAGGAGCGGCAUCGUAUCAUUUCUGUCUGAAGCGUCGAAGGACUCUUACAACUCCAUCCCCCUGCUUGAACGCGACUCCACUCCGGAAGGCCGCCGCAUUCACGAGUCGCGAGAGUGGACAAACAAGUCUAUCCUGAUGCCAGACACACCGCAGGACGAGCACCCGGAUACCUUUGAAUCGUUGCCAGCACCAGUAGCUGGGCAGCCAAGUCGUCGUAAUCGCAACGAUGCCGAAACCAAGGAGGUUCAUUCCUUCCUCGAUUGCGACACGGAUGGCGCUUCAGACAUUUCCUCGGAAUUGUCCACUGAGGAGUUUCUUGAAAGGGAUGAUGAACGGGAGCUCAAGCCCAGCACUAUGCAAUCCUCCCUCAGCGAAAACAGCCCGACAACGGACGGACAUGCCGUGGAGACAUCUACUACCAAUCUUGUCGACCUUCCAUCACCACCAAUCAGCCUCCGUGAAGCACUAGCCUUGGACCCUGAAGCGGCUUUGGUGCCUGCUCUUCAAGACCACCAGAUCUGGAGCCAGAAACAGGGUACCGCAUCUGCCAACAAUGUCUCAGACUUGGCCAUGUACCACAAUUCGCUCGAGCGAGGCCAGCUCGGUGUUGGUGAUGGCCCACACGAUACGAUGGCCUUUAAUGCGGCCUCCGCACAGAGAUUCUCCAUACAUCUGCCGUUCAUCCUGGCGUUCGACUCGGAGAUUCUGGCCCAGCAAUUCACGCUCAUUGAGAAGGAUGCCCUCAAUGAGAUUGACUGGCGGGAGCUUAUCGACAUGCGCUGGAAGAAUGACAACACCGACCCUCGAUCAUGGGUUGAGUUCUUGCGCAAUCCCGACACCCACGGCGUUGAGGUCGUCAUUGCUCGCUUCAACAUUAUGGUGAAGUGGGUCAUUUCCGAGAUUGUGCUGACCCAAGAUGUCAACGAGCGAUCUCGGUGCAUCCAGAAAUAUUUGCACAUUGCGUCUCAUUGUCGCAAAUACCGCAACUUCGCCACCAUGAGCCAGAUUGCGAUUGCACUCACCUCGAAUGAGAUCGCCAGGCUGGCUCGAACUUGGAGCAUGGUCCCGCAGGCUGACCUCAGGACUAUGGCCGAGCUCGAAAUGCUUGUCUCGCCUACGAAGAACUUCUACAAUCUCCGUGCGGAAAUGGAGGGAGGUGGCAACACUCCCGAACUUGGCUGCAUUCCAUUCGUCGGCAUCUACACACACGAUCUGCUCUUCAAUGCUCAGCGUCCAUCCGAAGUGGCCAGCUCGCCGUUAACCCCGCCACUUGUUAACUUCGAGAGAUGUCGCAUCGCUGCAUCGAUUGUCAAGACAUUGCUUCGACUACUGGAGGCGAGCACGCAGUAUUACUUUCAGCCUGUCGAAGGCAUUAUCGAGCGUUGCCUCUGGAUGAGUGCACUGAGCGACGAGCAGAUCCGGAAAAACUCGGAGCUCCUGGAGUAAUCGCAAGGGGUGUAUGCGGCAUGGCUCUCACCAGAUUGCCAUCAACAUUCCCGCCUUCACAACCUUUCGAAUAAUUGUAUCAGUAUGCGUGUCAACUUGCGAUCAUCAUUUCAUCUUCCGCCAGCGACAUUAGCAUUACUCCGGCCUUCCACUCAGAAGGCUUCUUAGAAAUUCACACGCACAGCGAGCAUAGCAUGACACCCCCUUUAUUCUAUGCCUUCU